AUGGCUUCUUCUUCUUCUAUGGAAACUCCACAACCUCAGCCACAACCACAACCUCCUCUCUACUUCGAUGAAAAAUGGAAGCUCUCAAAGAAAGAAGCAUCAACCAGAAGCCGAUCUUCAUCGUCCUCUUUCAUCAAGAACACUUCCACACAAAGAAAGUGCGCUUUCGCUAGAAAAUGUGCCAGACUUGUCAAAGAACAACGAGCACGUUUCUACAUCAUGAGGCGUUGCGUCACCAUGCUUAUUUGCUGGCGCGAUUACAGUGAUUCAUGA